UUGAAGUGACACCGUGACACCAUCUAACUAUAACCUCACUUUUCUUUACUGGCUCAGCUGGCUGUCAUUAUUAUUUAUUUCAAAAUAAAUUUUUACAAUUUUCCUCUAAAAUCCAGAAGAAAAUGUCUGAAGGUGAAGCUAGAAACAGCUUCGAAGGGUUUAUGAAAGCCAUAGGAAGAGCCAUAGACGGCCCCACUACUUGGUUCCGAAAACAAGUUGUGGAACCUAACCAAAAGCACUAUCCGUGGUACCAUCAGAAGUUCAGGCGAGUACCCACCAUCGACGAGUGCUAUACAGAUGAUGCUGUUUGUAUUUUUGAGGCCAAUCAACAGUACAGGCGGGACAGGUUGGUGGACAGCGAAAUAUUGACGAUUCUACGUGAAAGGUUCUCGGAUUGUGUUGUUUACGAGACCCCUGAUCAUGUGGAAAAGUGUUCUGGGCUUUUUAAGGAGUAUGAAGACGCUGCUGGUUAUUGGUUUACAAAAUAUGGUGAUUUGGGUGCUUAUCAUGAUGCCCAGACUGCUUACAUGAAGCAGAAACACAGAAUGAUUUGGGAGCGUAGGCACGGUCCAGUCGGAUCUGGCAUGAAUGGGAAAAAGGUUGACCCUGAUGCCCAAGGGGAUUGAAGAUGUUUGUUAAAUAAUAAUUAUUGUAGUUUGUAAAAUGUAUAGGGAUUAUAUUGAUUUUGAAAUAAAAAGAAAGCAAUCUACAUGAUGCAUUAAAAAAAUUGAGUUUGAU